ACCAAACCGGAAUAAAGACAUGGAAUGUGUUAUCUACUUAUCUUCGUUGUUAUUUACUACUGGAAAAUCUUAUCAUCGUCAUUGUGGUUGUGGGAACCAUGGCAGAGAGAUGGACGAACACGGCUCUACUCGUUAUCGAUAUGCAGAAUGAUUUCAUAGAAGAAGGUUCUGUGACGCAAGUGAAAGGCGGAAAAGCCAUAGUUCCUAAUGUUAUCGGAGUGGUCGAACUCGCUAGGCAGCGUGGCAUACUAGUUGUUUGGGUUGUUAGAGAACACGAUCCUCAAGGACGAGAUGUUGAGAUUUUCAGGCGUCAUCACUACCGUUCUGAGAAAGUUGGACCGGUUGUUAAAGGAACCUUAGGUUCAAAGCUGGUAGAUGGAUUGAACAUCAGAGAAGAAGAAGACUAUAAGAUAGUGAAGACCCGUUUCAGCGCGUUCUUCGGCACGCAUCUCCAUUCGUUCCUUCAAACUUCAGGGAUUACCAAGUUAGUUAUCGCUGGUGUUCAAACGCCAAAUUGUAUCAGGCAAACGGUAUUUGAUGCAGUGGAACUGGAUUAUCCAGAUGUAACUGUUAUUGUAGAUGCCACGGCUGCUGCAACACCAGAGAUUCAUACUGCGAAUCUUCUGGACAUGAGGAACAUCGGCGUCAAGACUCCUACGUUACACGAGUGGUCUGAAGAAUUUGCAUGAUGGAUUUUCGGAUGACAAUAUAUCAUCCCUUCUUCUAUCUUCUUCCACCUCUUUUUCUUGUCUUUUUAUAUAUUUGUAAUCGAAAGUCUGUAUGAAAAUAAAGUUGAAAACAUUACACUUAUUAUAACGCCGCCUCUUUGAGUUUGGGAGCUGUAAACGAUUUAGUGUAUGUUUUAAUAAUAAUAAAAAUUAAGAUAAAUUUGAGCGUU